AUGGGCAGGGCAGUUGUAAAGUUAAAUAUUUCUGCCAGACAUAGAAAAUAUUUAAAAAUUAGUAAUUUUUUAGAAUUGUUUGCGUUUACAAGAAAUCAAAAAUCUUUUGUAUUUGAAAAAGUAAUUAAAUUUCUUUGCGAUUAA